UUUUUCAAAUUUCACUGAGUUCAAUGUCAGGACCUUGUUUCAUCCAAACAUCAGUUGACGCCUACAUAUAAACAGAGAAAUAUACAACUCUUCCGAGAAACAUAAUAUACCAGCUAAGAUGGAGGAUAUUUCGCACGAGGAACGAGUCCUGAUCCUUGACACCUUCCGCAUUUUGGACAAGGACAACGAGGGCGCCAUAACUUCUAAAGAGAUGGCGGUGGUGAUUCGCGCCCUGGGUCGCCAGCCCAACGACGCCGAGGUUCAGUCCAUGAUCAAUGAGGUGGAUUCGGAGGGAAACGGAUCCAUCGUGGCUACGGAGUUCUGCAAUGUGAUUCUGCGCAAGAUGCGCGACACCAACCACGAGGACGAGCUGCGCGAAGCUUUCCGAAUUUUCGACAAGGAUAACAAUGGCUACAUCACCACCACCGAGCUAAAAAAUGUGUUCACGUCGCUGGGCGUGAAGCUUAGCGACGACGAGUUGGAAGAAAUGGUACGCGAGUACGACUCGGAUCAGGACAAUCACAUAAAUUACGAAGAGUUCGUCAACAUGAUGACAAUGCGAUAGCCUCCAUGUGAGUACUCGAAUAGAAGGCUAGCUCGAUUUCGAUCCAACAAAAAGUAGGCGUUCUGUCUGUGUUCAGUUCAAAUUCUUUAUGUUCAUUGUUAAAGGAGCUUACACUAACAAAAGCACAACAUAAAACAUUAGUCCAAUACAAAAAAAAAAAAAAAAAAAAAAAAAACUUUU